GCGGAUCAAAAUAAGAUAUUCCACAAGUAGUAAAAUAAUGUAGCGUGUUUUCGAACGUGUCCCUAUUGAACUGGCAGGUCAGCCGUCAGUCAGAGUCAGCUGGACAAUAACAAAAAAAUUAAUUAAAAAUAAGAAAAUACUAAUAGAAUGAAAUUCAUAUCCAAUGACCCAGAGAAGAAGAAAUAAAUAAUUGAGAGGGAAUUCAAAGAUUAGUUAAAACAAAAGUAAAUUCAACGGGUUGCCCAUUGAACGAUAAGAAACCGGUAAAGUUUAAUCAAAUGUUGGAUUCAUCUCCUGAAGACGAGGAUUUUCCUGGAAGAUUAUUACACCAAUCUGCAUUAUGGGACAACACAGAAUUACUCGAAGACCUCCUAGAAGGCGGUCAACAAGCCUUUUUAAAUUCCCAAGACAGUUGGGGAAGGACUCCCAUUCAUGCCGCAGUCAUAACUGAAAAUUCGAAAUGUUUGCAGCUGUUGUUAAACGCUGGUGCCGAUCCGAAUGUACAAUGUGGACCCAGAGGUGAAUACAAAUCACCAUUGCAUGUAUGCGCAGAAUAUGGGCAUUAUAACAAUAUUCAAACUCUGUUACAACACAAUGCAAAUAUUCAAAUAAAGGAUGGCAGUGGAUUAACUCCGUUGAAUGUAGCUGAAAAGUGCGGCCAGGCGAAAUGUGUUGAGCAGAUUAAAGAGGCUGCAGAUGCCAAAGAAAAGGCAAGACUGGAUAUCCAUGCCGCUAUCCGGCACGCCUGUUCCCAAGGGGACCUCAACUCGGUGCAACAACUUUUGUCUUCCCUGCAAAACGAUGCCGAACUCCUGGUUAAUAUGGCUCCUAGUGGCGCUAACACAUUACUAUUCACUGCCUGUGAAACUGGCAACCGUCAAAUAGUCAAAAUUUUACUGGACCACGGUGCAGAUGGUAGAUAUCACUCGGUUACAAAGUAUUCACCUUUGUACAUUGCAUGUUACCAAGGACAUCGUGAGGUGGUUGAAAUGCUUCUUAUCAAAUUUCCAGAGCUUGUGCAGCAACAUACAGUGGAAAGAUGGUUGCCAAUACAUGCUGCUUGCAUAAAUGGACAUCAUUCAAUUUUAGAGCUACUUUUUUAUUUUCCAUAUCCUACUAAUUUAUUACGGAAAUACAGAGAUGUCACUGAACAAUGGGAAUAUUUUAUGCCUUUUGAUUUAAAUGAAAGGGACGCUACUGGCCAAAAUAUUUUAUAUGUGGCUUCUCUAUUGGGUAAUAAAAAGUUAGUCGAAGUGAUACUGAAAUUUAAAAUUAAAGCCACAAGAAUUAUACAGUGUGGUAGCUCGGAAGAUGAUUUAACUCCAUUAUCAGAACCGGUUGUAAGUCCCACUAGAAGACGAAUUUCUGACGGAAUUAUGAAUAUCAUGUCCAAGUUACACCUUGCAAAGGAGUGUCCUGCAGAUAAUGAAUUUGAUGGCAACUCAAAAGCAAUUUGCCCGCUCAGAAUCGAUAUGUAUUGCAACAAUAACACUGAAACUGCCUUGCACGCUGCCAUCAAAGGUAGACAUUAUGACAUAACAUUGGCUUUAUUGAAUGCAGGAGCAAAUGCAAGCGCAAUUAUAAAACCUUAUCAUAAUAUGAAUGAGGAUGUCAGCUGUUGCUCUAUUGAUGACGAUCCAAGUUACUCUUCCUCUGGGUUAGUGGAAGCUUGCAGAAACAGAGAUGUACCUAUUGUUGAUUUGUUGUUGAAACGAGGAGCAAGAGAUGAUGAAUGUAAAGCUUUAGGAGUGGCCGUUGCUAAUAAAGAUGAAACACUUAUAGCAAAAUUACUUUCGAUUAAGGCUCAUCCAGAUCCGGAAUUCAAAAUAAACAAAAAAGCAAUGACCGAAAACAUAAAUUCCUCACAUAUAACAAUGUUUGCCAAUGUAUCAAGCCUAACGUAUUCCAGUUUAUUCCCGAACACGCCCACCAUGAUAAAUUGGCACAAUCAAAAAUGCGGAUUAACAGAGAUUAAAAUCCAAUGGCUGAUUGAUGCUGCCUUGAACUUGAAUCCAAAAUUGAAACAAAAUCCACGAAGUUACGACAUUGCUUUGUUUUCAAUAACAAGAUUGGACGUUUCCAAUAAUAGCUUGACUUAUGUACCAUUGGGCGUGUUUCAGUUGCAAAGUUUGAAAUAUUUGAAUUUGUCUCAAAAUCGAAUUGAAAAAUUGCCAGUGCCCGAGAUACCGCCUGUCAAAAAAGGGUUAAAAAGGAAGCCACGUAAAGAGGAUUUGUUGGGCUACAAUUGUCCUCUUUUGGAAGAAUUGUAUUUGCAAGAGAAUAGAUUGAAUCAAAUACCAGAGGAUAUUUUUAAGUUGCCGAAUUUGGUAACACUUGUUGUUUCGAAUAAUAAGUUGCAGCAUUUGCCUUAUGAGUUGUGGUUAGCACCAAAGUUGAAAGAACUGAAUGCGUCUUUUAAUUUUUUGAAGGAAUUACCCACAACACCUUUGGAGGCAAAAGAAGACUUUGAUAGAAUGAGUGUGAGUUCCAGUGAUAGUCAUCUUUCUAGUCUAACAGAACCAGAUUUUGAAAACGAAAUAACGGAAUUUGACAAGAUGAUUUGUAACGAAGAAAAUAUCCACACUGUUAGAUACCAGAAAAAAAAACGAUCUUAUUUACAACUGGAUCUAAAUCGCCAUCACAUCUGGAGUAAAAAUGUCGAAGUUACAGAACAAAUACUCCACAAUGACGAAAGCUCUCUAGAAAAAUGUUCCCAGUUAUCAGCCCUGAACCUGGCACAUAAUUUGUUCACAAGCAUCCCAGUAGUCCUACCUUGUUUGGCUGUGAAUCUCACAAGGCUCAAUAUGGCUUUCAAUACGUUAAGAUCAAUGUCACACAUAACUAGUUAUCCUAGCUCUUUGAAACAAUUGGACCUCAGUCAUAAUCAAAUAACUGUAUGGCCUAGUCUUCCACAGGUUGAAGCUCAAGAUAAUAUGGAAUUGGCUAAUUUGGCUUGUUAUAUGGAGAAUGUGGCUUUUAAAGGGAAAUCCGCUGAAGCAGGAGUUAGAAGGCAUUCUUCAAGAUCCGUACGACAUGCAGUACUACAUUCGGUAUGUGUCCACAGAAGGCACUUGCGAUUAGAUAAUCUUAGGACGUUAAUUCUGGCCGAUAAUCAGUUAAGUAGGAUACAGCUUAGUACAGAUGAUAAUGGAGAUAUGAGCGGUACUGAAGAUGAUGAACCAGAAAGAAAUCCUCAGACAACUAAAGCACGUCUGAUGUUCCCCAACUUAUCUAUGCUUGAUAUAAGCAAUAAUAAUAUUAGGGAAAUUCCGACGAAUGUUUAUGAUUUGACCAAUUUGUCUGUUUUGAAUAUUAGUGGGAAUCUUGGUAUAACGGAGCUCCCACCACAGAUGGGAUUAUUAUCGCGCCUGUGGAAUUUAAACACGCGCGGUUGCUCCUUGCAAGAUCCACUUAAAUUUAUGAUAGAAAGCAAAAAAUACAAGACUAUGGAUAUCAUAGGUUAUCUGAAAUCCGUUUUGGAAGAUGCGAAACCUUAUGCCCGAAUGAAACUUAUGAUUGUAGGCGUGCAGGGUAUUGGAAAAACUAGUUUGUUGGAACAAUUAAGGCAGGAAGGGGUCACGAGAAAACGACCAGAACAUUGGGGUAAAAGAAUGGGAAACAAAAACAUAAACAUUAAAACAUCCCGAGGCUCGAACAUGUCCACUGUUGGAGUUGAUAUUGGCGAUUGGAUCUAUGAAAAGAAAGUCCGAAAUCAGUCCGUACACGGUCCAGUUGUGUUUAGAACUUGGGAUUUUGGCGGACAAAAAGAGUAUUACGCUACACAUCAGUAUUUUCUCUCAAAAAGAAGCCUUUAUCUGGUAGUCUGGAAAAUACCAGACGGUCAUCGAGGUAUCAAUGAAAUCCUACAAUGGUUAGUAAAUAUUCAAGCUCGUGCGCCGAAUUCACCAGUUCUUAUUAUCGGUACACAUUAUGAUGUUGUGCAAGAGUUUAAUCCAAAUAUUUCGGAGGAGUACCAGCAAAUCAUACGAGAUAGAUUUAUUAACGUAGUUGAUGCUGAAAAAAUGGGACUACCUCGAGUAUUGGACACCAUAGAAAUCAGUUGCAAAACAAGGCACAAUGUUAAAUUGUUGUGCAAUUUGAUUUAUGAUACUGUAUUCAGCUUGAGGCCACCAGGCAGCAAAGAAUUACUCUUAGAACAAAAAUUACCUGCUACUUACCUAGCUCUAGAAGAUAUUGUAAACACGGUAGCCAAUGAUAGAAGAAUAAAUGGAUUAGAUCCAGUAUUAACUUCGGAGCAAUAUAAAUCAAUUAUGACAUCGGAAAUGCAACAAAGAUAUAAUAAAACUUUCAGAGAUUGGGCCGAGUUACAUCAAGCAACUUUAUUUUUACAUGAGAAUGGAGUAUUACUACAUUACGAUGAUGCCACACUCAAAGACCUUUAUUUCUUAGAUCCUCAGUGGUUAUGCGAUAUGUUAGCCCAUGUAGUAACAAUUCGCGAAAUAAAUCCUUUUGCGAGAACUGGGGUCAUGAAAUUAGAUGAUCUCAAACAUGUUUUCAAAGCCAGUAAUAUUGGACCUAUCGAUACUAGAGGUUACGUCGUUAAUUUGUUAAAUAAAUUUGAAGUUGCUCUUACUUGGGACUCGCGUACUUUAUUAAUUCCUUCGUUGCUUCCUUCUGAAGAGGAUAUGAUUAUUGCUCAAAUGUAUCCUGGACAAGCGGUACAACCACUGGUGAAAGUGAAAGUGCCACUUAGAUCUCGAGGUUGGGCUGUUAGAAGCAAAAAAUUGACGGUUUCACCAAAAUCUAUAUUAUAUAAAGAUGACGGCUCUCCGAGUUUCCAAAUGACUAUGUCGGGUACUCCUAGAGUUGAAGAACAACCAGAACUAAUUCAUUACGAAGUCACUGCCAGACAUACAGACAAAUCAAUAACACGUCUAUUGCUCAUGUCGUACUUCCCUUCCGGAUUUUGGUCCCGUCUUAUUUCCAGAAUCUUAGCAGACGAUAGUAUAAUCGAUAUAAUUAGGUCGUUUUUUGUUUUACCCAAAGACGUCGCUCAGGAUGUGCAUUUAGCAAAAUGUUUGGACUUGAAAGCCGAAUGGGUCCUUUGGCAAACUGGUUUACAAUUGAAAUAUGGUGAUAUCACUUUGUUUAGGAUGAAGGAGGUUUUGCAUAAUACUGCUGCGCAUUAUAGACAAUUGAAGUUCAAAAUAAAACAAGACAGCAUCUGGUGUGAUGUGGACCUUCAAAACUCCUCAAUACUAGAAAUCCAAUUUCCAGUUGAUUCCAUGGUAGUCAAGCCCAAAUUGUCAGAAUAUGCAGAUAUGGGCCAAUACAAAAUCAAAGAUGAACUAGUUAUAGAUUGCACCUCCGAGUCGACUGCCCAAUUAUUAGCCCUAGCAGUGGAUCACAUAGAUAUUUUACUAGAAGAUUGGUACCCUACGCUGGGCACUCGUUUUGUACACACUUCGGAAGGCAAAUUUUUAGUUACCAGGCUUGUCCCGUGUCCGCAAUGUUUGGGGCAAAGUCAAGAACUUGAUAAUUUUGAUAUGAAUCAACCAUCUACAUCUCAUAGUCACAGUCAAGAUUUUUUGCAAGAAAAUUUCAAUAGAGAUUUGUAUCGGAUAAGAAAAUCGCAAGAAUCAUGCACAUCAGAAAAUGAUAGCGGUGUAGAUCCAGAUUCAAGUGUUUCAAGUAGAAAUGUGUCAAUGGAAGGCCAUCCAAACGUUCAAAUAGACGAUCAAAAUGCUAAAAGUCCUAUUUAUUACUCAUGGCUAGUUGAGGAAUGUAUUUUAUCAUCGUAUAAUGAAAAAUCUGUUACUUGUCCAAGUCAUGGAGAAAUCAAACUUGCUAGAAUAGCUCCAGAUACUAUGUUCCUUGACUUAGGAGAAAGAUACAUAAUAAAACCAGAAAACAUAAAAAAAGGUAAACUCCUAGGCCGAGGUGCUUUCGGUUUCGUAUUCAAAGGCGCCUGUAAAGUCAGAGGCUCAAACAACAUGAUAGAUGUGGCAAUGAAAAUGCUCCAACCAGUACAGCCGGGACCAAACGCCCGUCAAUCGGCUGUACUGGCUUAUAAAGCCGCUCAAGGAAAAUGGGAUAGAGAUCCUCUACAAUACGCCUGUAAAGCUUACUGUACUGCCAGACAAGAGUUGAAUAUUUUGCUGAGUUUACGUCAUCCCAAUAUUGUACCUUUCGUGGGAGUUUGCACCACUCCGUUGGCAUUGGUUUUGGAUCUGGCACCACAGGGAGCGCUUGAUUUGGUUUUGAGGCAUUAUCGUAGAUCAGGAGCGAAAGUUGGGCCUUAUACUAUGCAAGCAAUAAUUUUACAGGUUGCCAAAGCUGUUGAAUACUUACACCGACAACAUAUUAUCUACAGAGAUUUGAAAUCUGAAAACAUUCUAGUAUGGGAAAUGCCGCCACCUUUUGUCGAUCAUCCAGAAUAUCCAGUGCAUAUCAAGGUGGCAGAUUAUGGUAUCAGUCGCCUCACUUUACCGUCAGGAACAAAAGGUUUUGGAGGCACAGAAGGCUUCAUGGCUCCAGAAAUUAUGCGCUAUAACGGCGAAGAAGAAUACACGGAAAAAGUUGACUGUUUCUCAUUUGGAAUGUUCAUUUACGAACUUCUCACAUUACACCAACCUUUCGAAGGCCACGAAUCGGUUAAAGAGUGCAUUUUAGAAGGAGGCAGGCCCCCGCUAACGUACAGAGAAACUUUAUAUCCCAGCUACUUCCUAGAUUUAAUGGUUUUAUGUUGGUCUCAACAGCCGAAAGAUCGUCCAACAGCCAGUCAAAUUGUAUCUAUAGCCAGUGCUCCAGAGUUUACUCAUUUAUGUGAUGUAGUGUCUUUGAAACAUCCUGCUUCUGUUGUUGCUUCUACUAGUGCUGCCUUGACUUAUAUAACUGAAGAUGGUCUCUCCGGUUCAGAAAUGUGGCUAAUGUGCGAAAAUUCUAGAGUUGAUUUGCUUCUAGCUGCCGACAGAGGUUGGUUACAGUAUCACACCAUGACGUUACCGAUAAGACCGUCAGCUACUUGUUCAGUGGGUGAUACGGUUUGGAUUGGUGAUUGUUCAGGGGCCAUUCAUGCUUACUCUUCUAGCGAUGGGCGAAAACUUUUUUAUUACGCUCUCGAAAUGGAGCCAAAUUCCCAAGUCCAAGCCCUAGUUCCUCUUGCUCCAUUUAAAAGAGUAGCGUGCGCCUUGUCAAAUGGUAGAUUGUUCCUGGUUAAUUCAGAAAUUAGGCCUUGUACACCUACAGCAGCUGAAGGCACGUUUGUUAUGACAGAAUUGGGUUUGACUUCGGGAAUCAAUUGUAUGUGUGCGAUAUUUAGGGAGGAAGAACGGGUGUGUGAAUUAUGGUGUGGAGGUUACAAUGGUCAAAUAACCAUAUACACAAUUAAAGACCAAGUUGUAGCAGGUCACGAAGUCCUCAAUCAUUACCAGCCCGUCAUAGAUUUGGUGGACGUUAUGAAUUUGGUGUCCAUGGAAAAUACUGUUUGGUCUUACGUCAGACCUGGUUGUGUGGUGUAUCAGUGGGACGUUAAAACUAGGUGUAUCGUAAAUAAACUGGAUUGCUCGAAGCUGGUACCUUGUUCUGAGAGCUUGAAAUCGAUUGCCAUCGAGGAACACUUGAGUCCUACCAAUUGCCAAGUUUCAACUUUAGUAGUUCUAAAUGAUGAAUUAUACAUAGGUACCACUUGGGGUUGCGUAAUAAUAGCUGAAAAAUCCACUCUAAGGCCAAUUACAAUCUUUAGACCGUACGAAGAAGAAGUUAAACUAAUAGUUCCUCUAGCUGUACCAAAAAGUAUUAACGAGAGUCACGAAAAUCCUCCGUUAAUAGCCACAAUUGGGCGUGGUUAUCGUAAUUUAUUGUCUAGAUAUACUAACGUACCGCUGCCUGUUGGCACUCCCCUUGCCAGUCCCAUGUCAAGUAAUUACAAGUUAUAUUUGAAUAAACCGAAUUUGUUUAUUUUAUUGUGGAGGGCCGAACAUUGGAAUGCGGUUUAAGGGUUAUCAUUUUCAUUUUGCUUGAUAGUAUAAAGGCUAGAUAGCAUUUCCGUCCAAAUGUUUUGCCUUUAACUAUGAGCCAUUAUUAUAUUACUGAAUGAAUCUGACUUUUGGGGUUGUUUUGCAAAUAAUAUUUGACCAACAUAUCCGAAAAUCAAACUGCCUUCAAGUUAAGGAGUUGACAGAUGAUGAUUGAAAGCUGCAUAUUAUUAAGUUUUAUUUUGCAAUAAAUCAGAAAUAUUUAUAAUGCAAAUAUAAAUAAUACCUAAGUUUUAAAUUCAGUAUAAGGUUUUUCAGAUAAUUUUCAACGAGGUAACUCUAUCUUUUUCCUUACUGUUUUGUGAUUGAUUUCUAUUCUUCAGUACUUUCCACUUAUACUUUGUGGAGAACUAAGAAAACUAGUUUACAUUUAGAUGCAUUUAGGAUGAUUUUGAUUUGUUACAAGAAAAAUCUCUUAGGAAAUAAAUAAAAAUAUGCCAAACAAAUAUAUAGGUAUAUAAUAAUAAUGAUUUGCUUGAAUUGAUUUGUGAACAAUAGCUCAGAUUAUGUAGAAGUAGGUUGAAAAGUAGGUAUCUUAUAUCUAAGUUUUUUUUUUGAACUGACUUUCACUGUUUUCAAAUAAUUUUUGUUCAGCUUGGAAAAUCAAAAAAAAAAAUAUAUAUAUAUAUAUGUAGAUUCUUCAAGCAUAUUUACUAGAUGAUUAUCAUUCAUCUUUUCCCACCUUUAUAAUUAUUUUGGUUUUUAAAGAAUUAUUUGUAUAGAUUUCUGACUAUCCUCUAAUCGGCUAUGCAAAUCAGAACACCCCACAUUUUGGAUAUAAUUUGUGACUCACUAUUUUGUAGCGUCCAGCUAUAGAGGUACCAUCUAUACUUUUAUCGUUUAGUUAGUAGUAUGUAAGCUUUAAUUUUGAAUGAAAUUGUAACUUUAACAUUAGGUAUUUAUUAUGUAUGAUGAUUUGUGAUAUAUUUUAAAUUAUUCAAUUAAUUUUUUUUAUUUUACGUAUUGUGAAAAUGCAUUAUUUCAAAAGCAUUCCAUAGUGAUAAAUGUUUUUACAGGGCACUGAUACUAAUAUAAUUUUAAUUGUUAUUUCUUAUUUAUUAUUAUUCAAAUGAUACACUUUCUUGUACUAUUUGGAUUUAAUUUAGACUGUUUCGUUUAAUUUAAUCUGUGAUGGUUAUUUGUCAAAAAAUAAAACAAUUAUCCUACUUCCA